GUCUGGCUCGGGGGGACUCUGCUGCGGGGCUGGGCUGGCCAAGGACGGGCAGGAGGAGCCCGGGCAGCUGCCGGGGCUUCUCCUCCGCCGUCGCUGAGCGGGGCUGGCGGAACCCCAGAGGAAAGCGGCCCGGGCUGGGCAGCGGGUGCGGAGCACAGAGCAGCCGAGAGCCGCUUUGCCAGCCGAGCCGAAGGAUGUCCUGCUCCAGCCUGUGUGUCCCCAGCUGCGGGGUGGCCACCCCGGCCCCUCUGGCUGACACUUGCAACGAGCCCUGCGUGCGGCAGUGCCCCGACUCCACGGUGGUCAUCCAGCCCCCGGCCUCGGUGGUCACCUUCCCCGGGCCCAUCCUCAGCUCCUUCCCGCAGCAGAGCGCCGUGGGCUCGGCCGGAGCUCCCUAUGUGGGAGCCAGCUCCGGGGGCGCCUUUGGAAGCCGUGGAGGCUACGGGGCCUUUGGGGGCCUUGGGGGCUUUGGGGGCUAUGGAGGUUUUGGGGGUUAUGGCAGCUUUGGCGGUUUUGGGGGCUCUGGGAUCUGUGGCCGCGGGUCCAGGUCCUUCGGGGGCUCCUGUGGGCCCUGCUAAGCCCCAAAUCCCAGCGGAGUUCAGCGCUGCCCCUGCCCGCGGGCUCCUCCAGCAGCCCCUGCUGUCUUGUGCCGUCUGAGCCGGGGUGAAGCUGCAGCCCCUGCUCAGGGCCGGCCCAGCAGCCCCGGGAGCUGCAGGGUCCCCGUCACUGCCAGGUGACCCUGCAGAGCCUCGGCUGGCACCUUUGGGGCUCCCAGGACUGCCUCCAAAAGCUGCCCCCUCUCUGCCACACCAGCCCUCUGUGCCCAGCCUGGGCUGAGGCU